AUGCUGACCCCGACGGUUGCCAACUCCACAACCUUUUUCUAUCCCGUUGGCAACACUCCAGCUUUGAACCUUGCAAGAGCUUUGCCUCAAGGUCUCGAUGUCAGUUUACUACUCUUGGGGUGCGGGGACGUGAGACACAUCUUGCACACAGCCUACAAUGAGGUUGGACUACCCAGCCGAAGUCUAGAUAUUACGUGCAACGAUUUGGAUGAGGCCAUCAUCGCGCGUAACAUCCUGCUAUUUUCGCUACUACUAGACAAUGACGCAUCGACAAAUACACCCUGGAGUCUCUAUUAUGACCUUCGUCUUUCCAAAUCAGACCUCGACAUUCUUUCGGCACAACUCAAGAAGCUUAUUGCGGCGUCAGAGUCCUUGGCUUCGUGGAAAGCCAGCUCAUAUGGCAAAGCCUUGCCUUUCUCCGAUCAAGCCACCUUUGACGAUGUUCGUACGAUCUGGAAAAGCUUUCAUGAUGCCGCCUCCUCAGACGACAUAUCCGCGAACAUGGCGGCCCUCCAGGCGAAUUUGAGGUAUUCUUUAGAGAUUCGAGGAAUCGCUUUCGGCAACGACGCCCAGGUUAUGACUGGUCUACGAUCCGCUGCCCCAGUCGCUUUGCAAAAUUUCCAAAACAUCAUCGAGGCCUCCGAGUCGUACUGGAAAUCUGCCUUUGCCGAACCCAGUGGCUCUGCCAAUAUCCCGAACCCCCUCUUUGCCGCUACCUUGUCAAAGCACAGAGUCCUCCACUACGGCACCGACCCAAUCCUUGGCUUCCACCUCGCCAAUGCUUUCGUUACUUUGAGCAAUUCAUCGCCUCUGAGACCUGAACAGAAAGAUGAUGAGCUGAAAGCUUACGCAGCGGCCAAGACCCAGUUCAGAGAAUGGGCAGCUGCGUGCGGCACCCUGCUUAAAACCAAGAAACUUGUCAUUCGCUCCGUUGUUAGCGAUGCUUUGGCCUUUUGCCAGACACUCCAACACUUUGUGGUGACGAAAGAGAGGUCGGGCGGCUGGUACCGCAGGCAGUUCGAUGUUCGAUCCCUUUCUUUGGACCCCGACGUUUACGGCAGCAAACGAGCCGCACCUACAUCGUUCGAUGCCAUCGACACAUCCAACCUCGCAGACUAUCUCGGUACACUUAGCUUGAUCACAUCCGCACUACCUCUUCUCACUGCCCGCCCUUGGUCGUCUCUCUUCACAGAGACUCUUCUCAAGACAGAGGAAACUACGAAACAGGCAUUCGAUAAGCUACUCUUUGGCGACGGGCCCACGAUAUCUCUGUUGCUGGGUGCCAGUCCGGUUGAAUAUUGGACCAACUCUACCGCGGUAUCAUGGGUUGAUGAGAUACUCAUCGGCCUUACCUCUGGCAUGUCCAGUCCUGACAAUCAAACCCAGAGCCAGUGUCACUGUCGCAUAAACUGGAAACAGAGCAAAUUCUUCUCCGGUGUCAACACCGCGCAACCCCUCAAGGUUGACCCUGAAGCUCUUGCCGGCGUCGUCUUUAAGACGUAUCUUGACAUCUUCGCCCAUGAGAAUCCAAUGAAGCUUCUCUCCAUCUCCAAGGCUUCCAUGACGCAGCUGAUCAGGAACACUGCCUACACCAACUUCCACCGCGGAACUCUCGUUGCCUUGCUGCGUUAUCUGAAACUGCGACUCUCUGUGUCUGAUUUCGAAACCACGAUCAGAAUCCUCCUCGAGAAGUACUCUUUCGAGAGAAGCCUGAUGUUUACAGGCAAUUUGAGACAGGAAUUGUCCCUCCAACUGCAUACCCAGGACCUUUUCUCCGAAGACUGGCUCCGAAGGGACAUUCGUCCUAACCGAAAUCUCGGUGGCUUCGAUUCGUGGGAAUCUAUUCCGGAGGUCGUCGCCGUGAGCCUUGUCGUCCCAAAGGAGGGGAUAACUCGCAUGUUCAGCGGCUCAGAUCAGGCAAAGAUAGCAUCUCCAACCGUAAGAGGAGCCAUGGUCUCUGGCAAAGAUGCCGAUCAUAAAUGGCACAACUUCUUCGACGAUGUCCAGCUCGCCUUCGGUACCAUCAAAACCAGCGGUGACAGAGAAACAAACGCCUUCUCCGUGACCAUUGAGCCUGAUCCCGCUGGUUGGGCCGGAGACUCCCCCCUCAUCGCGUCAUUCUACGUACCUGCAGCGGCCCUUCAGGUGGAGCGCAAGACUUCGUACGUUCGUCUGGAGGUCCAAGCCUCUGCGCAAAACAUUGCCGUCUAUCAAAAGACGCUGGGCGAGGAGUUGAAAAUUCACGAAGCAAAACUGGGAGAUGAAUCCAGCGUGUACAUUGCGAAGCACCUGCCUGGCCAGACCAGGUAUCCUGCUACUUGUGAAGCUGCCGGCGCUGUCGCGGAAUCGGAGACGCAGACCAAGGGCGAGACACAAGCCAUAUUUACCGCCGAUAUAACCAAGGAGCAGGACAAGAUCGCUACUAUCACAGGCCAUCUCGACUUCUUGUCUGACAAGGGCAAGAAACUUCUCACCGACAAGGUCCCGGUCACCAUGGAGCAAGAAUCGCCCUUCACGAUCAACAUCGUAUUCGGCAACAAAGAGCACGUAUACCCUCUCGUCUUCCCCAUCCCGGUUGACGCAAGCAAAGCCAAAACGCGCAUCGCCCGCAAGUCAGCCUACUUUGAGGUCAUCGCCCCUCUUGCCACGCCCUCCACCGAUCCUCAGACCAAAUCAGUCCUCUCGGACUUUGUCUACCCAACAACCCUCGCCCGGAACCUGUCUAAUAUUCCCGCGGACCUCAACACCCCGCACUUCAACCUUGAUCGGCUCCCCAUCAUCGACCUUACUGACAAGGCCGCCAACCGCUGGAUCACGACUCUCCUAUCAUUCCAGUUCUCCGUCCGCGAGAAGGCGAUGCGCGAGGAAGUCAACGCAGGCAGAGAGAGCCUCUCCACCUCCAACCGCCUCAAUUUCAAAGAAUCCCUCUUCACAAUGUUCAUGCUCUCCACGGGCCUGCAGGGUGGCCAGACGGGCCUCUUCAGCCUCAGCCAUCCCGACGGCAGCGGCACGCACAUGCUCAUUUUCGUAUCAGCGGUCCGACUUGACGCCUCGUCGGGCUCCAUCGUUCUCGAUGCGGCCGUGAUCCCCUUUACGGAGUCCAUCGUCAAGGAGCUCGAGUCCUUCCUGCUCAUCCUCCGCACGCUGGAGAUGUGCUCCAUCACCGUCAAUGACGAGGAGCUCGUCUUCUGGCGCAAGGUGCUUCCUUCUCUUGCGGAACGCAGUCGCACGUGGGAUCACAAGUCAUCGUGCGAGUAUAGCAAAGCCGGCUCUGCACCCGUGUCGCUGAGGAUAGGCGAGCCGAUCCUGUGCUCGUGCGGUGCCGGGCGGUUGCCGGAUGAUUUCGUCGGCCUCCCUGAAUGGGAUACCGCGGCGAAAUAUGCCACGCGUGUUGCCAUCAGUCCUACCUUUGCGGUGCCAUUCGUCGACGAUGUCGUUGAUUUUGACGCGUGGAAGCAGAGCGGCGGCGGUGCGGCCCGCCAAGAACCACAGGAGAGAUGCACCAAUUGCGGCAAGACCUCCGGCAAGGAUGGCGCCGCGUUGAAGAAAUGUAUGCGGUGUUUGCGGGUAAAGUAUUGCAGUGGUGAAUGUCAGAAGAAGGAUUGGCGCAAGCAUCGCGGGGAGUGCGAGGAAAGCGAUGAGUACCUGAAAUGA